AAGGUAUUCUUGAGACUACGGUUCCCAGUGGGCUGUGCGCGAGAAGGCGGGCGCGUUCUUCUGCCGGAAGUCCGCUCUAGCCCUGGGACCUCGGACUGCUGCGGGAGCCGGAGCUGCCAAGUAGCCGCGGGACCGGGGCCGCUGGGGUCCGGACGGGGGUCGCCAUGAUCCGCUUCAUCCUCAUCCAGAACCGGGCGGGCAAGACGCGCCUGGCCAAGUGGUACAUGCAGUUCGAUGACGACGAGAAACAGAAGCUGAUCGAGGAGGUGCACGCCGUGGUCACUGUCCGAGAUGCCAAACACACCAACUUUGUGGAGGAUCCUUGUGGAAUUGCUCUGGGCCCCGUCGGGAUAAUCCCAGAUCUCCCCGUCUCAAGAUCCUUAGCACACCUGCACAAUCUCUUUUGCCAUUUCCGGAACUUCAAGAUCAUUUACCGACGCUACGCUGGCCUCUACUUCUGCAUCUGCGUGGAUGUCAAUGACAACAACCUGGCCUACCUGGAGGCCAUCCACAACUUCGUGGAGGUCUUAAACGAGUAUUUCCACAACGUCUGUGAGCUGGACCUGGUGUUCAAUUUCUACAAGGUUUACACGGUCGUGGACGAGAUGUUCCUGGCCGGCGAGAUCCGCGAGACCAGCCAGACGAAGGUGCUGAAGCAGCUGCUGAUGCUCCAGUCCCUGGAGUGAGGGCGCAGGCCCCCCACCCGCCCCGGUCCCCCGGCUCCCUGCUCGCCCCCUUGCCAGGCCCGGGCCACCCCGGUGCCCUCCCUCAGCCGCCCGGGAGGAAGGCCCCCGCUGGGCCCGGGCCACCAGGAAGGAGACUGCACCCCACCGCCUCUGGGCCCAGCCGUGGGUGGAGGCCACCUCGCGCCUUCCGGGUAACCGUGCCCUUGUCGUGUGACGCUGUGAGUGCACGCGUGGAGCUCCCAAUAAACCCAUGGUCCCGCCCGG